AUGGGUCGUCACUGCUUCUACGUUUACUAUGAUGGGGAACAGUAUUUCCAUGACUUGCAUGGGCUGUCCUAUAAAGGCGAGUCAGUGAAGCAGAAGUUCAUUGAGUUGAAAUGGGGAACACACUUGAGAAAAAUGCACCGGAAGAUAAUGGAAGCUCUACGGUUGGACAAGGAGUCACAUAAGAUAUCCAUUGUGUACCGUGCCCCCCAGAUACUUGUGAGUACUCAGGUUGUCUACAACUCAAAUCCGUUGGGUUGCGAUGCUGACGUGGACAUGAUGUGGGCAGUGAUUAAGCGGAACCCCCAGUUCAUAGCGUCCGACUUGUAUGUAACUGUUGAGGCUGUUGGGUUCCAUGGUAGUGCAAGUUCACAGCAUGCCAGUGGGGUGGAAGAGCCACACUCAUUGUCGGUUGACGUGCAUCCUCCCUUUGCCUAUGCCACGCCUUUCUCCUACAAUAAUCAACCAUGUAGUGCGGUUGAUCAUUUGGACAACACCAAAGUGGUGGGCGCCACCAAUACACAUGAUGUGGGAGGGUCUACUCACACAUAUGAGCAUGUCCAAGCUGAUAUAGACGGGGAAAUUGAUAUUGAUGCCAGCCGAGAUGUGUAUGAAGAGUUCAUUAAUACUGAUGGACCAGUGGACGACGCGGAGGUCUUAGAUGUACCACUGAUCGAAAAUAACGAGGAGGAUUGCCUUACAAUAGUUCCUAUCCCAGAAUGGUUCACAUCAAACACAUGGGACAAUAUUAAUGACCCAUCACCUGCAUUGGGUACAGGACAUCUUACAAGUUGGCAUAAAGGUGACCACCCAGCAAGGGGGAUGCUAUUUAAGAAUAAAGCCUCUGUUCAAUAUGUGUUGACCCUCUACUCUGUGGAGCAUAAUAAGCAAUACAAGGUCAUCAAGUCUGACACCAAUAGGCUGGUAGUGCGGUGUAAGAAUGAGGCAUGUCUGUGGUCAAUUCGGGCCAAUUGCAGCAAGAAGCACGGGAUGUGGGUUAUCAGUACAUGUAAGGGUCCCCAUAGUUGCUCAUCCCUCCAGCUACCAACUGAUGGGCGGAUGAUGGAUUCAAAGUUCAUCUCCAUUGCACUUGAGAAGUAUGUACGGGAAGACCUAACCCGAAAGGUAAGGGACUUGCGUAGUAUGUUGCAUGCAAGGCAUGGGCAUGAUGUAACUAUGUACAAGGUUUGGGAAGCCAAACAGAAGGCAGUUGCACGUAUUUACGGGGAUUUUGACAAGUCGUACGCAGAAUUGCCACGAUUUCUAGCUGCAUUGUCUGAUGCAAAUCCGGAUACUGUGACCACAUUAAAGUGUGACCCCCAUGUCCCGGGGACUUGUAUAUUCAACUCCGCGUUUUGGGCUUUCGGUCCGUGUAUUAGAGGGUUCAGGCAUUGCAAGCCAGUGAUAAGCAUAGAUGCAACGCACCUCUAUGGCAAGUACAAAGGAAAGCUGUUGAUAGCAAUGGCAAUAGAUGGUAACAACGAGGUUUAUCCACUCGCAUUUGCCGUUGUCGAAAGCGAGAGCACGGAGACAUGGGGAUGGUUCUUGGCAUGCCUGUUGACCUAUGUUACAGACCGCACCAAUUUGUGUAUAAUAUCCGACAGGCAUCGUGGGAUACAAUCAUGCUUCGAUGACACCACUAGGGGCUACUUGCAACCGCCCUUAACACAUCACCGGUAUUGCCUCCGCCAUUUAGUAAGCAAUGUUAACACUAACUUCAAUAGUGUGCCGUUGAAGAACUUGGUAUGGAACGCAGCAACUGCGAAUCAAGUUAGGAAGUUUGAGAACACCAUGGAUUGCAUCAAGAAUGUCAACCCGGCUGCGUACGACUAUCUUAAGGAG